AUGAUUUUCGACCAUUUAGAUAUAUCGCCAAACAAAAAGAAAAAGCAAGUUUCAUUCUCGUUGAGCAAUGAACUUUGUAACGAGCCAAUUGGAACUGUAGAUCAUCAUCAAGUGAAGAAUCUCAAUAAUAAUAGUAAUCAUAAUAACAACAAAAAGGCGGUAGCGAACGAAGAAAACAGGUUAGUGGUUGGUGAAGAAGAAGAAGAAGAAAAACGGACCGAAGAUCAGAUGAAUGGACCAACUAAUUAUCCAUAUGUUCGAAGAAGGGAUACAAUUGUUGAUGAAAAUGCUAUGCAGGUUUGUGAGGAGCAGAAGAUUUGAGUAAACAUUAAAAAAUGGUUUCGAUCAGUGAACAGUUUACUAUUUUAAUCAGAGUUCCUUCGAUUAGUUCAAAGUUCUAAUUGAAUUAUGAGAAAACAUUGUUUUUUCCAGCAAAGAAAAUUUUCAUAGUCAAAACUUUUGUUAACUUUGAUCAAGGCACUUCUUUUACCACAUUGAAAAUAAUUUUUAGUUUGAAAGAAAAGUAGCUCUGUAAAUAUUUUUCUUUAAAGAGACAUAUUUCAAGAAAAAACAAUUCACCCCCAGCUUUCAUCAAAAAAAUUGUUAAAAAAAAACAAAAAAAACUGUUCAAGUUAAAAAAAAAACAAAAAACCCCACCCAUAACGUAUGGACAACCAAGUUUGCUCUGUUGCAAACAUAGUGUGUGUGUAUUUCUCUCGGAAUAGGUAUCCUAUUUUUUUUUAAUUUUCAAAUCAGCCUUAUACUCAUAUUUACCUAGUUUGACAUAAUGAAGCAAAAUUUUAGACUAGAUUUUUUUCACAACUGUGCUUCAUAAAUUUCAGCAAUAUUUACAGAAAAUUCAUAUGAUUUUCUUAAAUUUACUAAUAUGACACUGAAGAUUUUUCAAAUUUCCCAUCCCCAAAACUUUCUUGUUUCCAGGCACUCCUUCUUCACGAAAGUAUUUGGAGUCACGCAUUUCGAAAACGUCGAAGUCAUGAGUCUCACAAUCGUUCGCGCGUUCAACAAUUUGUCAAAAUCAUUCAAAUGGUUUAUGAUAAAUCAAGAAUCCAUUAUUUUGUACCCGUUAUUUUAUUGAUUGCUUAUUCGGUUUUGGGUGGACUUAUUUUUUGGGCUAUUGAAAAACCCAAUGAAGAUGUUGAAAUUGGACAUAAGGUUGGUUAGAAAAGUUGGAAUUAAUCUUUAAAAAAAUGGUUUUUAGACUCGAUAUAUCAGAAAUGUGAUUGAAGAGCUGGUUGAUCUAGUUGUUUCAAUGCAUGACAAACUAGAUCGAAGUCAAUAUUAUUAUAAUGAUUAUAAAUUAUACCAUUUCCAUUUACGAAGACUUCACACUGUUUUUAUGAACGAUGUAGAAAAGGUAGGCAUUGUGGGUGUUGGCUCACAAAUUUACUAACUCCAUAUUUUUUCAGAUAGUUUAUUGGUACACAUUAUCUGGAUUUUAUUUGACUGAAAAUGAGAUGCAUAAAUCUGACGCGUUGCGACCAAGAAAUGUAGAUCGACUUUUUGAAACAAAUCUUGGAAGAAUCAGUGCACUUCGAAAUUUUACAAAUCAUUUAUGUCAAAGAUGUUGGGAAAUUAGUGAUGAAGGUCGAAAUAAUAAUUUCACUUAUGAAAUUUAUAAUAAAACGGUGAGCCUGGUUUGCUUGUGAGAUUAGAGCACAAAAAUGUUGUUUGUAGAUUCACGAAGCAAUAGAACAAUUCAACAAUCAGGUUGGACUUGAAAAUGUGUUGACUCCGAUUUGGACAUUUUGGAAUGCCAUGUUUCUUGCUGUCACAACUUACACAACAAUCGGCUAUGGAAAUAUAACAGCUCGAACGAGAUUAGGAAAAUUGGCAGCAAUGUUAUAUGCAGUUGUUGGAAUACCUCUUGUUCUUAUGAUUUUACACAAAUCAGGAAGAUUAUUUUUGAUGGGUUUGGAGCAUUUCUGGGAUUUUAUUUUGAGGUUUGCCAGAAACGCAAAAUCAAACAACCCAAUAUUCAAAACAUUUCAGAGUAGCUGAACAUUUUAGUUUUGUCACUGGUAGGAAUCGAAUUCGUUUAUCAAGUGAAGAUCGAAUAUCUGAGAUGCCUGUGAUUCUUGCAAUUGGAGUUGCAUUUGGUUGGAUGUUUUUAUGUGCUGCGAUAUUUUUGAAGUUUGAAAAAGAUUGGGAUUAUUUCAAGAGUUUUUACUUCUUCUUUUGCUCUUUGACAACAAUUGGAUAUGGUGAUGUGACUCCAACAAAUAGUGAAGAUAUGUUUAUUAUUUUUGGACUUAUUAUAAUUGGACUAUCUCUAGUAUCAAUGUGCAUCAAUGUUAUUCAACUCAAACUAGAGAAAUUAUUUGAGGUGACGAGAUCCAUUUUUUCGAAAUUUCGUAAUAUUUGUGAUUUAGGAACUUUUGCUAACUUUGAUGGAAGAAUAUAGCGCCGAUCCAGAUGCAACUCAUUUGAAAGCAGGUGCAAUUGGAAUGCGUGAAAUGUGGAGAGCUUGGAAAAAGCGAAAAGGUCGAUUGGGCGAUGGAUUGGAGAGAGCAAAAAGUGCUCGUGAUGCUGCAAAUGAAGCUAGCAAGAAUUUCGUGAAGGUAUGUUGAUAAGCUGCAAUAUAAUUUUAAUAAAAAAAUGAGUUUCAGAGACUACCGUUUUCACGUAAAAGACAACGUCGAAAUUUGAUAGCAGAACUUCAAAAACAAAUGCAAAGGAAGGAUAAAUAUACACAAACUGAUUAUGGAUAUAUGUGUGAAGAAGCUUUUACAGAAACUAGUGAUGUUGAAAGUUGUAUCACUGAUUUUAGAAAUUCAGUUAUUUCUGAUAAAUGUAAGGAAAUAAGGGAUGGUGGGAAUCGGGAGUUCGGAAUUUAAGGAGGUCACAUACUGACAUUGUGCUCCAAAAAAUUCUGACUAAUCUUUAAAAACCUGAAAGCCCUCUCGCUCUUCAAAUGAAAAUACUUUCCAGCUCAACACCUUCUCCUAAUCCCUGAUGGCCCAUUCUGCGGACCGUCUCGCUGUGAAAGUAGGCCUGUUGUUGCCUUAGCAGAAGCGUCACUUUGCUCUUCUUCAUCAAAUCUUCCACAAAGCUUGGCAUCAUCUUCUCAUAGACCAAGGUAUGUUUUUUUAAAUACAAACGGUUUUUUGUGAUUGAGCACUUUUUGUUUUUCUAAUCACAAACAAAUAUGACCUGAUAAUUUUGCAAUUGCACUGAAAACAAAAACAAAAAUUGCAGCUCUACGAUACCUUCAUCAUCCGCAGCAUCUGCAAAAUCUGCUCCAGCUGCAAGUCCAGUAAGACUACCUCCCAUUGAUUUUGAUCCAACGAGAAGGUGGACUUUUGUAGCCACAAAUAGGGUGAGUUUUUUUGUUUUAAAAAAAAAUUCAAAAAAAAAAUUAAAUUUUGCUAUAGAAUCAGCGAGGUUGUCCGAGAGGUUUGGUUCCUUAUAUGUAUACUCGGCCAAUGAAUUCGGUUGUUCAUACAAGUGAAGUUCGAAGACUUAUAGCUGAAAUUGAUGUCAGGUUACAGGUGAGUUCUUAAUUUAGAAAUAUAAAACAUCAAAGCUAUUCGGAAAAAUAUAAUCUUGGAACACAAAUUUGUGAAGUUCAGGCUCAAGAUCCCACCGAAUCAAAAACAUUUUACUCACAAAAUUAGCUUCAAAAUUUCCAGGAUUGCCGAUCAUUGGCAACCCCAGCAAAUUCAAUUCGUGGAACUGUAAGUGGAAGUUCAUUUUCGCGAUCCGUCAUAUCAGAAGCUUCAAUACCUGAAGAACUUUAA